CCCAGCCUCAGUGCUGCGCUGCUCUGCUUCGGCGCUGCUGGGGGCGAUGUGGGAGAGCAGCGAGCACAGCUCUGUCCCGGCACAGCUGGAAUUUGCAGCCCUGCUUCUCCCUUCCCCUUUCCUCCGUAGCUCCAGGAGCGUGACGGUGUUCUUCUGUGCAGCGGUGUUAAGUGGGGUGGAAAAAGUGAGGCUCGGUGCAUGCAGCAGCAGCAGCAGCGUGGGACUCGUAACGAGAUCUCCUGUGAAACUGCUGCCCAGAUGCUUUCUGUUCUGCACCGUGCUUUAUGAGCCCGUCGUGCCCCCACGUGUCGUGCCUGCAGCUGUGCCGAGCUGCGUGCCGGUGCUGCAUUGCCAAACUGGGGAUGGGGAGAAGGGCUGCCGUCCCAGAAGGCUGUGUUGCCAUCCAGCUGUAGAGGGGACCACCGAGGGAUGGGUGAGGUGGGCUUCAGCGUGGGCAGUGCAGGGUCCUGUGCCCAGGGAGGAGCAACUGCAUGGACAAGUAGAGGUUGGGGCUCAGGUGCUGGGAAGGAGCUCUGCCAGAAGGACCUGGGGGUCCCGGUGGGCAAUGGUUGGCCAGUGGUUGGCCAACAGUUGAGUAAUGAUUGACCAGUGGUUGACUAAUAAUUGAUCAGUGGUUGAGCAACAGUUGAUUAAUUGACCAACGAUUGACCAGUGGUUGACCAUUGGUUGACUAAUAAUUGAUCAGUGGUUGAGCAACAGUUGAUUAAUUGACCAACGGUUGACCAGUGGUUGACCAACUCUUGCCCAACGGUUGACUGUGAACCAGUAGGGAGCCUUUGUUGCCGAGAAGCACUCUGGAGCCCAUCAAAAGUUCCCAGGGGCCCAUCAGAAGCUCUCAGGAGCCCAUGGAAGUUCCCAGGUGCCCAUCAGAAGCCCUUAGGAACCCAUCAGAAGCUCUCAGGUGCCCAUCAGAAGCUUUCAGAUGCCCAUCAGAAGCUCUCAGGAGCCCAUGGAAGUUCCCAGGAGCCCAUUGGAAGCUCUCAGGAGCCCAUGAAAGCCCUCAGGUGCCCAUCAGAAGCUCUCAGGAGCCCAUGGAAGUUCCCAGGAGCCCAUUGGAAGCUCUCAGGAGCCCAUGGAAGCUCUCAGGUGCCCAUCAGAAGCUCUCAGGAGCCCAUGGAAGUUCACAGGAGCCCAUCAGAAGCCCUUAGGAACCCAUCAGAAGCUCUCAGGUGCCCAUCAGAAGCUCUCAGGUGCCCAUCAGAAGCCCUCAGGAGCCCAUUGGAAGCUCUCAGGAGCCCAUGGAAGUUCCCAGGAGCCCAUCAGAAGUCCUUAGGAACCCAUCAAAAGCUGUCAGGUGCCCAUCAGAAGCUCUCAGGUGCCCAUCAGAAGCUCUCAGGUGCCCAUGGAAGUUCCCAGGAGCCCAUUGGAAGCUCUCAGGAGCCCAUGGAUGCUCUCAGGAGCCCAUGGAAGUUCCCAGGAGCCCAUCAAAAGUUCCCAGGUGCCCAUCAGAGGCCCUCAGGUGCCCAUCAGAAGCCCUCAGGUGCCCAUGGAGGUUCCCAGGAGCCCAUCAGAAGCCCUUAGGAACCCAUCAGAAGCUUUCAGGUGCCCAUCAGAAGCUCUCAAGAGCCCAUGGAAGUUCCCAGGAGCCCAUCAGAAGUCCUUAGGAACCCAUCAAAAGCUCUCAGGUGCCCAUCAGAAGCUCUCAGGUGCCCAUCAGAAGUUCCCAGGAGCCCAUCAGAAGUCCUUAGGAACCCAUCAGAAGCUUUCAGGUGCCCAUCAGAAGCUCACAGGUGCCCAUCAGAAGCUUUCAGGUGCCCAUCAGAAGCUCACAGGUGCCCAUCAGAAGCCCUUAGGAACCCAUCAGAAGCCCUCAGGUGCCCAUCAGAAGCCCUCAGGUGCCCAUGGAAGUUCCCAGGAGCCCAUUGGAAGCUCUCAGGAGCCCAUGGAAGCUCUCAGGUGCCCAUCAGAAGCUCUCAGGAGCCCAUGGAAGUUUCCAGGAGCCCAUUGGAAUCUCUCAGGAGCCCAUGGAAGCUCUCAGGAGCCCAUGAGAAGUUCUCAGGUGCCCAUGAGAAGUGCUCUGGAGGCACCGUGUUCCUGCAGCCCGGGUCUGGGCAGCAUUGGUGCUCCAGCUCAGGAUCCUGCAUGCUCCACCGUGCUGCUCUGCCUGCUGCAGAGCAGCUGUUCCCUCCUGGAAAGGAGUGGUGUUGGGAUUAACAGCAGCACUGUUGCUGUGCAUCUGCACCGAGCGGUUCUGUGGGGCUCCGCUUUGCAGUUCAGUGGUCCCCUUUGGAAACGAGUUUAUGAUUUUGCUGUGUUGCUGAAUUUCCUUUUAAUAAUGCAUGAGGGGGAGCUCUCGUGCAGCAGAGGCUGAGGGCUGGGCUUGCAGGAGCUGGCAGUGGAAGCAAACAUUGGGGCUUGGAGCAACGAUAAGCAGCUGUGCUCCGUUGGUGGGGCUUCCAUUGCCCGUCCUGUGCGCUGCGGCGGUGUAAGGGAUUGAGCACCUCUGGCUGCAGCCUCAUCUGAGCUCCUUCCCUGGGCUGGGUCUGGAGGGGGGACCCUCUGUUGACCCAGCGUCGCUCCCAGCGAAGAGGUGGGGGGGGGGUCGCAGCCCGAUGUGCUGCUCCUUUACAUUAAAGGAAAUGAAGGAAAUGAAGGAAAUUAAAGCCUUUCUGCAGGUGUGUUAUCAGCGUGGCCAUCCGCUGCUUCCAAACGGAGGUGGCACUGCUUUGGCACAGGAAGGGGAGUUGGAACUGGAUGAGCUUUAAGGACCCUCCCCAACCCAAUCAUUCUGUGGUUCUGUUCUUCCAACCCAACCGUUUAGUUCUCUUUUGAUCUUUAAGGACCUUUCCAACCCAACCAUCCCAUGGCUCUGUGAUCUGUAAGGACCCUUCCAAUCCAACCAUCCCAUGGCCGUGUUAUCUUUAAGGAGCCUUCCAAUGCAACAAUUUAGUUCUCUUAUGACCUUUAAGGACCCUUCCAAUCCAGCCAUUUACUUCUCUUAUGAUCUGUAAGGACCCUCCCAUCCCAACCCAAC